AAAACGCACUAUUCCUGCGACCAGCUGGGGAAGCACCCCGCUACCUUUUACCAGACCAGCCAAUCAGUUCAGUGAAGCUUUCGAUCAAGACAGUCACGCUCCGAGUGGCCAAUGAAAUUGAAGGCUCUGCCCUCCAUGCCCAACUCUGAUUGGCUUACAAUCCCGGAACAGGCGUUAACCCAGGGAAGGCAGAGGCAAGAUGGCGUCCCUGGAUCGGGUGAAGGUACUGGUGUUGGGAGACUCAGGUGUUGGGAAAUCUUCAUUAGUCCAUCUCCUAUGCCAAAAUCAAGUGCUGGGAAAUCCAUCAUGGACUGUGGGCUGCUCAGUGGAUGUCAGAGUUCAUGAUUACAAAGAAGGAACCCCAGAAGAGAAGACCUACUACAUAGAAUUAUGGGAUGUUGGAGGCUCUGUGGGCAGUGCCAGCAGCGUGAAAAGCACAAGAGCAGUAUUCUACAACUCUGUAAAUGGUAUUAUUUUCGUACACGACUUAACAAAUAAGAAGUCCUCCCAAAACUUGCGUCGUUGGUCACUGGAAGCUCUCAACAGGGAUUUGGUGCCAACUGGAGUCUUGGUGACAAAUGGGGAUUAUGAUCGAGAACAGUUUGCUGAUAACCAAAUACCGCUGUUGGUAAUAGGGACUAAACUGGACCAGAUUCAUGAAACAAAGCGCCAUGAAGUUUUAACUAGGACUGCUUUCCUGGCUGAGGAUUUCAAUCCAGAAGAAAUUAAUUUGGACUGCACAAAUCCACGGUACUUAGCUGCAGGUUCUUCCAAUGCUGUCAAGCUCAGUAGGUUUUUUGAUAAGGUCAUAGAGAAGAGAUACUUUUUAAGAGAAGGUAAUCAGAUGACACUAUCACCAAUUUGUUGGGAAAUGUUUUCCAUUUUGAUUCCAGGCUUUCCUGAUCGGAAAAGAUUUGGGGCAGGAACAUUAAAGACCCUUCAUUAUGACUGAGUUAUGCUCAUGCUUUGGAAGAGUGAGCAAGCAGUGGCAGUUUUUCACAGCUCUCCUCUUGCUGUGUUCAAUUAUUACCAUCACAGCCUUUUAACAAAAUCAUCUCAAAAUGCUACCCUUCAGCCUACCCUUUAAUGGAAAAAUGAAAAGAAGUGACAAUACGGGAGGUCCAAACUUUGUCCCUGUUCUCUGUGUUCUUUACCUUUCUGUCCCUGUGUAUAGAUUAUGUAAAAGCCUUGUGGAAAUAUGAGAUGUUGUCAAAAUGAUGCAGUAAAUGAGCAAUGACAGUGUACUUCAGAGAAAAUUUACUCUUGCCUAGAACUGGAGGGUUUUUAUGGGUCUGUAAUUUUCCCACACUCAUUGCUGAAAGCUUAAUUAAGUACUUCAAAAAUGUAUCUCCAUUGUUUUACCUUCUCGAGGGGAAAAGUCUUGUUAACCAGCCAUGAGUCGUCUACCCCAAACAAUCUCUGUCAUUUCAAAGAUGCAAAAUGGUGUUAUUUAAUUGUCUCCACCCUCGUCACACACAGGAAUGCCUAAUAAUAGCAACCCUUGUCUCCCUCUUCUCUCCUUUGCAAAUGGCUCAGUGACUGGAAGAGGCGGACUAAUAGCCAGAGUUAAAUAUAAAUACAAAUUAAUAAUACAUAGAGAACAGCAAUACCAGAAAAAAAGAAUUCCGGUAAAAUGAUGUGAAAAAUUGACAGCUCCCUCACUCUUAAGGUUGCUGCUGUAUGCAGUCUAGGUUUUCUGUUUGGAAAUAGGUAGGGUAAAAUCUAAGACCUGCGCAAGGGCAGUGAGAGAGAUUUACAGCGUCCUCUCCAUUUGUUUUUUUUAAGGAAAAGUCAACUUCUGAAAUGUCCCUUAGCUAUAGUCAGAAAACUAAGAAUAUUAUUCUGUGUCAACGAUGUAUUUAUAGAGAGAAGUAAAAAUAAGUUCCACAGCAACACAUUUACAUGAAUUAUGAACUAGGAUUCUUGGAUUUCAUAAUUACUCCAAAGCUUUUUGGGGAUGGUGUGUGUGUGUGUCCAUAAUUGUGCAUCAUUACUUUUUUUAACCUAUCUUUUUGCUUGCUUAAUCUUCUCUGCCCCAGUUCUUCCUUAGUAUAUGAAUUUGAUUUCUAAAAACAAUUUAUUCAACACUUUAUCACCCAUAUUCUCUCUUUGGCUCUGCUGCAGGUCUCUGCACUCCUGAUUUUGCUCCAUACUUUUCAAUAACAAUAAUAAAUAUACAGUUUUCAUUUCUCAUUUAAAAAAUAGGUGGAAAACACCAAAUUCACUUUCUAUUCCAUUUUAAUUAGGUUUCAGAAGUAUCUUGGAAAUCAAGGUAUGCUGCAAGAGGAUAUUAAAAUAAGAAUGUUAGAAAGUCCUUGUAGAAAGGCAGUCUUGGGAAUUUGGAAAAGGAUUUUUAAAGCAGCUUUCAUCAGCUAGACUGUUCUCCAGCCUUUCUUUACUUCCUCUUUGAAAGGACAUAGCCCUGGUUUCUUGUUGACACAAAGGAAAGCUAUGCAAAUCAUGAUCUGUAUGUAGAAUUGGUCACAAGUGUGUUGUGGCAUAGGCUGUACAGUUGGGAAGUAGAAACCAAAUGCUACCCAGAGACCUAACCCAAUUAAGCUCUUUGUAUUUCUCCUUUAAGAAAUAAAUCUUCCUUCCCUCUGCUUUCUUCCUCUUUUAAUUAAAAAAAAAUUCAUCCUGAUUUUUUUAUUUUUUAUCUUAUUUAAAAAAUAAAAAUAGGCCAGGUGUGGUGUCUCACACCUUUAAUCUCAACACUUUGGGAGGCCAAGGCGGGUGGAUCACUUGAGAUCAGGAGUUUGAGACCAGCCUGGCCAACAUGGGGAAACCCUGUCUCUACUAUCUCUACUAAAAAUACAAAAAUUAGCCAGGCCUGGUGGCACACGCCUGUAAUCCCAGCUACUCAGGAGGCUGAGGCAGGAGAAUCACUUGAACCCAGGAGGUGGAGGUUGCAGUGAGUCAAGAUCGUGUCACUGCACUCCAGCCUAGGUGACAGAGUGAGACUCCAUCUAAAAGAAAAUAAACAAGUAAAUAAAUAAAUAAAUAAAUAAAUAAUAAAAGUAAACCAUUGCUGAUGACUCCAGGGUCAAUCUGGAAAAAUUAACAGUAUUCCUCAACUCCAUUUCUUUCUGCAGCCAAGCUUGAUUCCUUGAAUUAUAGUUUUCUAAGAAAAAAUAGUUUUUAAUAAUCUAAGGUAAAUUUGUUGCAAUUAUUAGCAGCAGCAUAAUAAGGCUUUUUGCACAAAUGAAUAUUAUUAGCUAGAGUUCUUCAAAAAAGAAUGAAGCAUAGUUUUUGCUAGGACUUCUUGAGAACUAUUCAUAAAAAUGCUUUUAGAUAAUAAACAAGUAUAGAUGUCAAAAUAUUUUUUAAAAAGUAUAAUUGGCCAGGUGCUGGCUCAUGUCUAUAAUCCCAGCACUCUAGGAGACCGAGGCAGGAGGAUCACUUGAGCCCCGGAGUUUGAGGCUGCAGUGAUUCAUGAUUGCACCACUGCCUUCCAGCAGCCUGAUGACAGAAUGGGACUCCAUCUCUUUACAUAUGUAUAUGUUACUCUCUUGAUGGGACAAGUUGGUAGCAAUAAAGAUUUUUUUUUUUUCUGUUGUGAUUUUGGUGUCUAACCAAUUUUCUGACUCAUUGUGAAGGUGACCAGAUGUGAAGGCAUAUAUAUGACUACUCCUCUGUCCCUUGGGUGUAUAAGACUUAAUUGGAAUCCAACUAAAGAUUUGGGCUGGUCUCUCCAUCUUAACGUUGAUGGGAUUCAGGACACAUAACCCCAAAAUAUUGCACCCUGAUAUUUGAGAAAACUGCAGAAGCAAGGUUUCUCAUACCUUCCCCUUACCCCUUCUCCCCUGAAGCAGGCCAUAAAACCUAAGUGACUGUUCCCUGAAGUAGAUCACAAAACCUUCAUUCCAUAGGUACCCUCUAUCCUCACAGAUACAGAGACACCAAAAAGAAUCUGGACAAAUAGGACUUGCUAAGUUCUCCACAGUUUAUUACCAUUAGAUUAUGUCCUUUUGUCCUCUGAUUAUACUUCUGCAUAAGACUGUACAUAAAAAUACACAAGUUUUCCUAUUUCUUUUGUGUCUUCAUUUCUGAAGAUUCCUGUCAUGUAAAACUUACAAUAAAUAAAUUUGUGUGCUUUUCUCAAUAA